AUGAGAUUAGGUCUCCUGGACGACUCGCGCCUGGAAGCAGAACGGCAAUUUGUUCCUAUUAAAAAGUCGGGUACAGGAUCUUUCGGCUCGGUGUUUGUCGCUGAUUGGCAGAGUCCCCUACCUCCAUGUACAUUGCUUCCGGCCAUGCAGCAUUCCUAUACGCGUCCUGAAUAUAUGGGCAAGCGAAUUGUUGCUAUUAAGAAAAUGAAACGUUCUUAUAAAACCCUACAAGAUUGCCUUUCUCUCAAUGAACUCCAUGCUUUCAUUACGAUACCCCCCCAUGAAAAUAUUAUCUUGUUGUAUGAUGUGUUUCGAAAGCCAUUGACGCAUGAACUUUUCCUUGUUUUCGAAUGUAUGGAAGGGAAUUUGUAUCAAUUAAUCAAGUCCCGGAAAGGCCGGGCCAUGGCAUCUGGACUUAUCGCUUCUAUUACAAAACAAGCCGUGUCCGGUAUGGCUCACAUCCAUGCCCACGGAUUCCUUCAUCGUGAUAUGAAACCAGAGAACCUAUUGAUUACCACCACAGGCUUGGGUGACUAUCCUAACCCUGGUGCCAAUGCGGGCACUUUGAAACAGGAUGUGCUUGUCCUUGUUAAAAUCGCGGAUUUUGGAUUGGCACGCAAAGUGGAAAAAGAUUCCACAUUGACGACGUAUGUGUCUACACGUUGGUAUCGCGCACCAGAAAUCUUGCUGCGUUCUCGCCAUUAUACGCCGUCGGUGGAUGUUUGGGCUAUGGGUGCAAUUAUCGCCGAAAUGGUCAGACUUCACCCAAUAUUUCCGGGCGCUAAUGCCAUGGACCAGCUGCAAUAUAUCGCCCAUGUGUUUGGUACACCUCCCUAUGACAUGAAUUUCAAUGAUACGGAUGAGAUAUGGAUUAAAUGGCUCGAGCAAAUGAAAAAAUUGGAUCACAGGGCCCAAGCUCGUUCGUUUGAUGUAUUCAAAGCCUUUUUUGCGAAUACGACAUCGUAUGCACUCUUGGACAUGAUUUUCCGCAUGCUGCAUUUUGAUCCGGCGGCUCGUAUCACAGCUAGUGAAUGCCAGCAGCAUCCAUAUUUGGCCCAAGAAGCAUCUUUAUUGGCUCCACAGCACUGCUUAGUGCCCGAACCACGACCUGCGUCUUCGAUUGCCGCUCUCAGUUAUGAUUUUGAUUCACCAGGUGACACGGACAGUACUAGUUCCCCAGCAUGCUCGAAUGAGAUACAAAAUGGAUCGCCGUCCCAGAAUGAGUUGAUUGCCGCACCCGACAUGUUUCAUCGACAUGGCAUUGCUCAUGAAGAUCACCCCAAUUCGUUUUUACCAAAGCUCAAUCUGCUGCACCGUACCCAUGGCAUGCCAUGGCAACGUUCAGGCUCGUCCUUGUUCAGCAGUACAUAUGGGCGUAAAAAGCCGGUUGAUGCGCCGCGCUCUUCGAGCCAUACGAAUGGUACUUUGCCUUCUGGUGAGUGGAAUAAAUCUUCCCAUUCUUUCGGUGAACGCGACUCGGGUUCACUUUCACCAGAGCGCGACGAUGCACGAACACAUUCUAGCUCACAUUUUCUACAAAAAGUGAGGCGAUCUUCUGGCGAAAAGGACGAUGCAAAACAAGCAGAGCGCAAGCGCCGUGAAGACGAAAAGUCGCUCUUGCGCGAACGAUCGCGCGCCGUGAUGCAACACCGAGCAUCGCUCUUGCAUGAGCAGAGCACUAGUGCAGGUACAAAAAGAUGGUCUGAUUAUGGUAUAUAA